AUGAAGCGAGUGAGAAAGGCCAUGAACUCUAUUCCUGAAAUUGAGACUUCAAAAGUGGAUUAUAACUUGUUGUCAAGAGAGGAAGUUUUAAAGUCUGCAAAAUGCAAUAAUAUCAAUAUAGACACUGGCGAGGAACACAGUACCAAGUUCAGCCUUAUAAAAAAACGGAGGCUAGGACUAUUGGAGCGUGCCAAGGAGGUGGCCAAGAUGGUAGAACCGAUAGAGUUCGAGUCAUAUCGGGAUUAUUUUAUUUUACAUACGUUCAAAAGAGGUAAAUCAGAGAGCGGACGAGUUGACCUCAAUAAUUUGAAAAGAUACAAAUGUGGCGUCUACUAUGAGCGUAUCCGUGCGGACCGUGCCGACGAACUAGAGGGCCAGAACACGAAGCAGGGCACGCCGCGAGGAAGCCCUAUGGUUUCGUCAAACGACGACUUGGAGUACCGACCACCACUCACUCGGCGUUCAUCCAGAAGGCAAUCCACGGAAAGCAAGCGCGGGCGAUCUACGCUAGGCUGCCAGGAGGAACAGGCAGAAGAUGGUGAGAAGAGUAGUACUGAAGGCUCCCUUCCAGUCAACCAGAUACGAGGAGAUAUUUCUGUCGACAGCAUAAUUCCGAAAAGAGGCUCUGACAGUAAUGUGAGAAGGUCAUCACGACUAACUUCAAAGGAGAAAGAACGACUAGGAAAAGAAGCUUCCACCGCAACUAAUGAGGAUGAAGCUGCUGAGCCCAUACUAAAUGAACUUUACGAGGUUAUUAUUCCCAAGGAGGCUAGUCCUAUAAGGCGUUCAGAUUGGGUUUUGCCAACGAGACAAAGAUAUAUACCGGAGAAACACCAGCCAGUCAAGCACAUCCCUGAACAGGUCAAGAUUAAUGAACUCGUAAAGAAUAGUAGAAUAAAGACUAUUUUGUCAAGGUUCGAGGGUGGCCUAGCUGGUGUUAGGACGUCCAAGACGACUUGA